ACUUGCAAUGGACUCUCAAAAAAAACAAAAUGGCGGCUGAUUCCUAAGUCUUGUAAACGUUAGAAAGGUUUUUUUCAUCUGUAAGUAACGCGGCUUUUGGUCCGAAUUAAUACUAAUAUAUCCUUAGAUACAACAACAACGAAGAUGUCAAGCGAAGAAGAACAGCAGCCUAUCAGAGCGCCAGAGAAUGUCAUUGUGAAUGUGGUCCGCUGCAAAAAUCUGAGAGGGUCCAAGGGGGAUUCUAUAAACUCUCUCGUGCGUUUAGAGUUAGGGGGCACGUAUCUUGGUGAAUCACCUAAAGUUGAGGCUAACACAGAAACUUGCACAACUGAAUACAAUUAUAAUGCAACAUUUGAGUGUGCAUUCGAUGAUCCCUCAUCGCUUGAUACCAUUGCCCACAAGCCUAUUAUCAUCACAAUUAUUGAGGUUCUCCCAAAAGACAAGAAAGGGAAGGAAGAAAAGACAAAUGUCCUUGGACAGAGUUGCAUUGAUCUCCUUCCUCUCCUGCAAGGUGAAAGCAAAUUCAGCACUAUUCAACCAAUUCACAGUGUGUCACAAUCAACCACAACAACAGACUCCAGUAUGGAAAGUAUUUUGCCUGAGGUUGAAGUCCAAGUAUCAGUGGCACAGCCUUUGCUUAGUGAGCCUCAGCUUGCAGAAAGUAACUUGCUGAGUAUCCGAGUUGACAGUGCCUACUCUAUCCCAGAGGCAUGGCAGCCUGGACAGCCAUUCCUGUAUACCAUCAGUUUACCUGUUCCCCUCACAGCCACAAGAGAAAAUCCAGCAGUCCUACCCAGUGGAUUGCUAAGAACCCCUCAAGAAAAGGAGCCAACCAAUCAGCGUAAAUGGUGUGCUGUACCUAGUGCUUCUGGGACAUGUAUCUACAUACCAGACAGUGUGAUAGAGGAAAGACCUAUACCAGAGGAUGAGGAUGGUGAGCUCAGAGACAAAGAGGAUGUCACCUUCCGUACUGAGGCUAUGCAAGAGAAGAAUCGUGUCACUUGGAAUGCAGAAAGGAGAUGUUUUCUAAAUGCAGAAGCAGCAGAGAGCCUUCAAACCAAGAUAGCCCAGAACAGAGUUUGGCCAGUGGAAAUAAUGCGAACUCCAUUCCCCCAGGCCACCAAGGCUAGAGGGAAGCAAACAGCUGUUGAUGAAGAUGUAGCUGUGUCAUUCCAUGGUGUUGCAUAUGUGAAUAUGGCACCAUUGCUCUACCCAGGAGUUAACAGGAUCCAUGGUGCAUACCUUGUAAAACCCUUUGUAGAAAGUGAAGUGUUUGAUCGGACCAAGAGAAAGGGAAACCUUGCAGAGGAGGUGGCCAGACUAGCAAGCGGUAUGAGUAGAACUCUAGCAUCUGCCAUGGGACAGAAACCUGCUGCUCCAGCCAAGCAAGGCAAAACGGAUGCCAAGGCAAAGCCCUCCGGUGCAGUGCUCAAGCCUGAAGCAGGAUCAGAGAGUGAUUCAAAUGAAAUGAAAAACAUAGAAGGACAGCAAUACUUAGAGGCCAGGACAUUUGUAACAUUGGAAAUUGUCUUGUCUCAACCCCUCGUUCCAAAGAGACCACCUUCAUCAUUGGCCAGGAAAGUUGCUGAGUUAAUCCCACCUAGACCUGUGUUUGCAAGGAAGACAGGCGGUGCCAAAAAGGCUGUUGAAGACUAUCAUGGUCAAGUUGCUACUAUUGCAAACUCGCUACUCGAAGAGUUUAGGCAAAUGUUUGGAGGAGAUUUGAUGAAGGGUUCUUUGCCAGAAAACAAUGAAGCAAUAAACCAUAGGAGAAGAAAAUUUCUGUAUGAGCUGAAUACAUCUGGCAAGUACUUUGCCCUCAAAGAACAGCUUAAGCAUAGUGUGGUGAAGAUUGUGCGUGAGAAGUAUCUCAAAACCACUGCUUUCACCGACAAAGCUGAGCUGCAAGCAUUUCUCAGUGAACUGUAUGUGUUCCUUGUGGAUCAGAUGCAUCAGUGUGUGAACAAGUUUAUAUCGGCUGAAGAUGCACCAGAGGAGCCGCCACCGAUAGCUGACUCGAUCAUGCUAAAGCACUUUGCGCGGGAGGCUGAGGUGAAUCAAAACUACGAGCUGGCGGCCAAGUAUUACCAAGAGAGGCUCGCCCGAAGCAAGAAUGACCCGAGUCACUGGUUUGACUACGGAGCGUUUUGCCUGCUAAUUGGUGACAUUGCCAAGGCAGAGGAAUGCUUUAAGGAGACAAUCGCAUUGGAUCAGAAGCAUGUGUCAGGGCUGUUGAUGUUCGGCUGUGUUUCGCUCACCCUAGAGCGUUACGAAGUCGCCGAGACGUUUUUCGAGGCCGCAACCUGUGUGGAUCCUAAGAGUAUAAUCGCCUGGACUAUGCUAGGCCUUUACUAUGAUAGUAUUCAAAACGACAUCGGAGCUGAGCGAGCGUUUCUUGAGGCCAAUCGAGUAAAUAUUAGCCCGGUCCAUCCGCCUGAGGAGCCAAGCCCUGAUGAUCAACUGCCUACUGGCGGGGAUCAUCCGGAGACUGAGUUCGAAGCUCCUGCCUCGGACACGGCCCCGCCCCCAUCCGGGGAGAUACCCGAGGUCCAUGUUGAGGAAUCCUCUAACGGCACCCCUGCCGAAGGCGAGACAGAGCCCAAGCCAGCACACACUGCUGUCCCCAGUACCGCGGGCGCUCCUUCUGUCGAGUCGCAACAAGGCAAGCGUGCAUCGGUAUCAAAGCCUCAUACCCAGUCCUCGGCCAUCGCUCCGACCAAGACCCAGUCCCCUGCGCCGAGUGGCAGUGUUGCAUCACACGAAGAGACGAAACCCGAGCCCGCAAAACAGGUGGAGAGCAAGCCAGCAGUCAGGAUAUUCCUGAGGACAGCUGCUUUCUUAUUGGAGGUUAACGCACUGCAGAUGGCUGAAUCUGCGCUUGCGCACGAGCUUAUUGUGUCAAAUAAUGAACCAAACGCUGACUACUGCAUAGCGCUGGCUCGUCUUCGCAUCCAGCAGGGGAGGUACGAGGAUGGAGAGGAGCAGCUGAACCACGCCCUUACCCUGAGUCACCAGAACCCCGAUAUCUGGGCACUGAUUGGCCACUUGAAGUACUUGACGGGACGCACAGAGGAGGCUCAAGAGUGCUAUGAGAGGACCUUGUCGUACAUCACCGAAGCGUCAGAUAUGCACGCCAUCUACCUGCGCCUAGCCUCCAUAUACCUCGAAAAGGGACAAUUCCAGGAGGCCAAGUCGACGUUCCUGAAAGCAUGCAUGCGUUCCCCUUCUUGUGUGUCAUGGCUCGGUGUAGGAAUUGCUUGCUAUCGUCUUGGCGAGCUGAUGGAGGCGGAGGACGCCCUCUCAGAGGCAAAUAUUCUUAAUAACAAGGACCCCGAAGUCUGGGCUUACCUAUCCCUAGUUUGUCUCCAGACCGGUCGUCAGCUAGAAGCGGAGCAGUCCUACAAAUAUGGACUUAAGUUGAAUCUGAAGGACGAGGCACUUUUAAACGAACUGCAUGCUGUGCAGACCCAGGUCGGGUUUGGGAACCCUGUGGUUUGCUGAAAGGUCACCUCGCGAGGUCUCGUGUCAUUUACAUAUGUAGAUAUAUUGUAUACGUGGUCAAUUUAAAUGACUUCUUUGAGUAACAAAAAUAGUGUUUUAUAAAGAAGUUACCGCUGGUUUACUUUCUUAUAGAAUUAAAAAGAUAAAAAUUGUAUUUUAAAUUGUGUUAAUUAAAACAGGGUGGUGUUUAAAA